UGAAAAAGAAUAAAUACUUUGUAUAUCCGCUUCCGCUUGUGCUUGAAAUUCGUUUUCUUUCUUCUAACUGAAACGGAAGUUUGUGUUUGGCCCCGAGUAAAAUACAUCACAGCAACGUCAACUACAACAUCCUGGUCUCCGACAGACUGCAUAUAACAAGCUUUAAAUCACCCACCUUCUCCAACCCCCCAGAGAAGGCUCAAAGGAUUAACAGUGUUUUUGUGUGGAUUUAUAUUCUGUUGUGAUUUCUUCUCUUUGAAUGAUGAUGUACAACAUACCACUGCUAAUACUGUUAUUAGCAUAUUCCGCACAGGCCAUUCAAAACCAGCCAGCACCCUCAUAUGGACCGCCACCACAGCAACAGCGUUUUCCCCAUCGUGAAUAUGGUGUACCCCAAAAAAUGCCAUUCCGUGAAUAUGGACCACCAGCAUUGAAAUAUGGUCCUCCCAAAUUGAAUUUCAUAGGCGGCAGCGGAGGUGGUGGUGGUGGCGGCGGCGGCAGUUCUUCCGGACUUCAUGAACAAAUCAAAAAUUACUUUGGUGUACCCAAGCCCUUCUAUGGCCCUCCCCACAAACCAGCCCAACAAUAUGGACCACCAAAGCCACAAUAUGGUCCUCCUCCACCCAAGCCCCAGUAUGGUCCACCCAAGCCUCAGUAUGGCCCUCCUAAGCCCCAAUAUGGUCCUCCACCACCACAAAAAAUUCAACAUGGUCCGGCCCCUUCAUAUGGUCCACCCAAGCCACAGUAUGGGCCUCCCCCACCACAAGCCUUACCUUUGGUACAGCCUGCAAUAGCUUUUAAACCUGAACAUGAACCAGCUUCUUCGUAUGGACCCCCACCCUCGGGACCUUUGAAUCAAGGACCUCCCAAACCAGGAUAUGGACCACCUCAAAGCAAUUACGGGCCACCUCAAUUGCCCAAUUUCCAAAAAGUACCAGAGACCACCAUUAUUUUGAGUUCCAAUCAGCAUCAUCAUCAUGGCCAACAACAACAACAACAGCAGCAAGAAAUUCAAAUUCAAGUUGAUGCCUCGGGCCAUACACACUCAAUUGCUGGUUCUCAAGCUCCCUUCCAUACGGCUUGCGAUGGCUGGAAACCCAUUCCUGCGCCUGUGGGGGCCUAUGUCGAGAACAACCACAUUGAUACCCAAUCUGGUUAUAGUCAAGUUUCUCAAGGUUUUGGCCAUACAGGAGCUGCUUCUUCGUUCUCGGCAACACAAACUCAAUAUAGUGCCCCAGGAGGUGGUGGUAAUGUGAAUAUAGGCAGUGGUCCCGGUUCUGGUCCUGGCUCUUCUACCAUAACUCUGGGUAUUUCUGGUGCUGGCGGUAAUGGCGUUGUUGAUGGCUUAACAGAUGCACAAUUGGUAGCUGUGGCUUUGCAGUCAGGUGGCUUUGACGGUGACAACACCAUUCAACAGGAACUUCCACCACAGGCCUUGCCUUCGACUGGACCAGCUGGAGAUUUCCAUCAUAAUCUUGGCAUUAGCCCUCUUGAAGCUCAAGCUUUACAGCUCUCUCUUGGUUCCAAUGAUGAUUCCUACAGCAAACCUCCAGCCGAUUCAUAUGCUCCUGGUUCAGCACAUGCAGCUAAAUUCAGCAGUUCCAGUUCAUCUUCUUCAGCUCAUCAUGCCAGUUUUGGAAUUUCAGGCCCAGCUGGUAACUAUGGACCUCCACCACCACCACCCAAUGGUAAGUAUGGACCACCACCACCACCCAAUGGCAAUUAUGGACCUCCGCCACCACCACCCCAUGGUAACUAUGGACCUCCCAAGGGUAAUUAUGGACCUCCUCCACAACCACCUAAAGGCAACUACGGACCACCACCAUUGCCACCUAAGGGCAAUUAUGGACCUCCACCACCACCAAAUGGUAAUUAUGGACCUCCUCCACCACAACAACCACAUGGCAACUAUGGUCCCCCACCACCACCACUGCCUCCACCAAAUGGCAACUAUGGACCACCCAAUGGCAACUUUGCGGCUUCUGCUCAUUCAAAUAGUGCUGCUGCUUUUGUCCAACAUCAUGCCGAAGCCGGUCUGGGUAUUCAAUAUGGCAAACAAUCGGGUAAUGUAGCCAAUUUCCCACCUCAUCAUGGAGCUCCUCCCAACAAACCGGUGGCCUUUAGACCACCUGUGCCACAAGGUCUAUUCGAAACCAUAGGCAAUACUGUGCAACAUUUGGAUCAAUUCGGCGUCAAGCCCAGUGUACAGGCUCCCACAUAUAUACCACCAGCAGCCAAUGAGAUACCACAGACAGGACCUGGAAAUGUGGAUAUUGAAUAUGGACCACCACAACAACAACAACAGCAUCAUCAACAACAACAACAGCAACAGCAGCAAGUACAACUGAUUAUUGAACAACAAUUGCCAGCUCAACAACCAGCCCAAGUAUUUGUGCAACAAGGGCAACAACAGCAACAUCACCAACACCAUCAUCAUCACCACCAUCAGCAGCAGCAGCAACAACAACAAAUACAUCAUCAACAGCAACAACAACAACACAAUAAUGCCCAUAUCGAAUAUGGUGUACCUCCACCCCAAGGCUUGCCUCCACCACCACCUAUACAAAUCCAACAACAAUACUUGCCUCCCACUGGACCUCAUCAACCUUUUGUCAGCGGUCCCGGUGGUGAUGUCUCCUUCAGUUCCAGUGCCCAGGCCACCUAUGAGAACGCCUUCAGUGCCACCCAAUACAAUCAUCAAAUAGUUCACCCUCAAGCCCUGCCCCUGCAACAACAACAGCAGCCACGUUACCAUGAUUGCGGUCAUGGUCCCAAUCUAGUGGGAGGAGGUGGAGCCUUUAACUACCAACAACAACAGCAACAACAGGGUGAGUCCGCUUCGAUAACCCACAGUAUUCCAGUAGCCGAACAACAUUCUCAAUUUUUGACAGGACCUGCCGAUAGCUAUGGCCCUCCACCCUCUGGCCUUAAUGAAAUCGAUCACGAAGGCUAUGCCUCUCAAAAGUCCCAGGUUACCGCCUUGCCGGAUGGCACCCCCACCGAUGGUCUGCCCGGUCUUGAGGGAUUAAAUGUGCUCUCAGCUCAACAAUCACAUGCAAUUCAGCUCAAUUCACAAAAUGGCAAAAGCAGCAGCCAAAGUCAAUCAUAUCAGGUGCAAUUCGGUGGCAGCGCUUCCAAUCAUGAUGAAAUACUCUCAGCCGAUCUCUUACAAACAGUGCUCAAUGCUGUGGAGCAGCCACAGCCACAACAUCAACCCUUGCCGGCCAAUCACAAGGCUGAAGCUCGCUCCGAUAUUGAUGUGCAUGAAGAGGCUGCCGAAGCCGAAGAAGAUCCCAAUGAGCCUGAUGUGUUGAAACAAGCCUCGGAAAAGGUGGAGGUUAAGGUGAAGCCUGACGAUGAGGAAACGCCUGCAGAUGUUAAGGAACUAAAGCCCAUAGUUGUUAAGGAAGAAAACGAAGCUAAACAUUAAUGAGUGUAUGUUGUAAUGGUAACGAUAGCGUGAGAAACAAAAGAGAGAGAAAGAGAGAGAAGAGAUAAAAGCUUUGAUUGAGAAUAAGCUUUUAUCUGGGUAUGCUCUCUUUAGUCACUUAGAGCUUAAACUCAUUAAAUGAUUCUAGUUACAUAGGGCAUAGAUCAAGAAAUUUAUAGAUAGAAGAAUAAGAAUAUUGAAGGAGAAAAAUGCAGAAACUAGGCCACAGAGGGCGCGGGCAAGAGAUAUCAGCAUAUGAUUUUUAAUGGAGCCCUGAUAUUGGAGAGAAUUUUCUGUAAUUCAAGGGUUUUUAAAUUGAUGUGGACUUUAAUUUAGCUUUGGCUCAAGAAAUAUGAAAAAAGCAUCGAUUUAGAUUUAGAAACACCUCUCCACUAGAUGGCGCACUCAUUUCCUUUAAACUGAGUCAAGGCUGGCUAUGGGAGAGGUUUUAAAGUUUCUUUCUAGGAAAUUAUAUAUAGAAAUCUAGAAAAUUUAAGAUAUAAUAAUUUUGAAGGAGAAAAAUCCAGAAUAUUGGCAACAGAGGGCGCGGGCAAGAGAUAUAAGCAAGUGAUUUUUAAUGGAGCCCAGCUAUUGGAGGGAAUUUUCUAUAUCUCAAGGUUUAUUUGGUCUUUAAUUUUGCUUUGGCUUAAGAAAUAUGAAAAAAGCAUUGAUUUUGACUUAGAAAAAUCUCUCCCCUAGAUGGCGCAACCAUUCCCUUUAAACUGAGUGAAGGCCAGCUAGUGGAGAUGUUUGCAAGUUUCUUUCUAGGGUUCAUUAACUUAUUGGUCUAUGGUUUUGCCACAUUGGUUUCAUUGAUAUUUAUUCAAAAGUAACUCUCCUAUAGAUGGCGCACUCCUUACAUAUAUGUAUUGGGACCUAUAAGCGUGCCAUAAUUAAGAGAUUUCCGUAAAAAGUAGGUAGAUGGUCUAUUUUUUCCCUAUAGUUCUAAAGUGAUUCCAUGGAUAUUGAUAAAAAAAAACUAACUCUCCUAUAGAUGGCGCACUCCUUACAUAUGUGUAUUGGGACCUAUAAGCGUGCCAUAAUUAAAGGAUUCCCUAGAAACUGGUAGAUGAUCAAAUUUUUCCCCAUAGUUCAGUAAUUUGAGAGCUUUCCCUUUCAUGACAUGCUACAGUUUAAGUAGUCACUAUUAAAUUGUAGAAUUGUGUGUUGAUUGACCUAUAUUUUGUUUCCAUAUUCUAAUAACUUUUUAGAAUUUAAAGUGUGAGGAAAUGUGGAACUAAUUCCAAAGCUUUUCGGUAGAUGGCAGGGCAAACGGGUUAGUAAUGAAAGUUUAGUACAGUUUACAGCUUUUGUUCUAAUCAAAAACCAAUAACUCUAAAGAUCAAUUAGCAUAUACUUUAUCUAAUGGAUUUCACAAGCUGAAGGAAUGUUAAACAUUUAAGGCCGUAAAGGAAAGUUUUUAACAUUUUUUAGCCUUUAGUAAGCCUAUAGACUUUUGGUUUACAAAACAAUUUCAAAGUUCUCCGUUAGAUGGCGUUCCAUAAACUAUAAAUAGAAGUAUAGAGAAUAAUAUUUGACUUAAACGGCCUAUAGUUUUGUUUUAGCUUCGUGCUGUACAAGUUUAUGCCUUGUUCCUUAAUGGAAUGUUCAUGGGCAAAUUUGCAUUUGCAAUUUUGUUCUAGUUUCAUGCAAUAAUGCAUUUCUUUAUCUCAGUUUUUACAUUAAACUACUCAAUCACUCCUCUAAAUGGCGCUUUUGUUUUUUGCUCACAAACCUUUCAUACAACUCAACCACCCCUCUAGAUGGCGCUUCUGUUUUUUGUUCACAAACCUUUUAAAACUUUGCACUUUCCUCUCUCUUGCACCUCAAAGCUUUCUCUCCAACUCUUUUAAGUCUAUGAAAAAAUUGGUCUAUGCCUCACUUGUUGUAGUUAGCCGUAAGUCCUUACUAUUUAUUAUC